AUGUCUCUUGUCCCGGAAUCUCAACAAAAUCCUGAAGCCAUCUUCCGGGAGCGCAAUCCGGACAAGCUGGUGUCCCGGUUCAUCGCCAAAUCGACCGCGUCUGAAAGCUUCCGCAACGAGCACCGCGUGUACGAGGUGGCCGUGGCCCGCCUCGCCUCCUUCGGCCGCCACGACGCCAUUGCGGCCAUCAUCGACUCACAGAAGCCGUUCAUCAAGGCGUCCAGCGUGGGCUUCGCUGCACGCCUCAUUCGCCUUUGUGGCCGCGCCUCCAUGCCGUCCCACGCCGCCGCGAUCUUCCAUGACCUUCCACCGAAGCACAAGUCUAUCAUGACCUUCAAUGCCCUCCUCGCCACCUACGUCGACGCCAGCGAUUUCGAUGCACUCGCCAUCGCGUUCCAGCAGAUCUUGGCCUCACACCCCACCAUUGUACCCACUGUAUACUCUUACAGUAUACUCAUCAGUGCGCUGUGCCAGAAGCGGGAGCUCUCGGCCGCCCUCGAUGUCAUCACACUCAUGGAGAAGCGCGGUGUUUCCCCUGAUAACAUCUUUUUCAACAUUGUGCUCAAUGGGUUUUACAGGAAUGAUAGCUUUGAUGAUGCCGAGAAAGUUUGGGAGAUAAUGAAGGAGAGGAAUAUUGAGCCGGAUGCGAAGUGUUAUAAUGCAAAGCUGCGGGGUUUGAUUUCCCAAGGAAGGGUUGAGGAUGCAGUUGCAUUGAUUGAGAGGAUGCAAAAGGAGGGACCAAAACCUGAUUCAGUGUCCUACAACGAACUGAUUCGAGGGUAUUGCAAGGAAGGGAGGUUGAAUCAAGCCAAGAAGGUAUAUGAUGAUCUGAUAAAGAAUGAAUGUGCACCAAAUAGGGGCACAUUUCAUACCCUUGUGCCACAUUUUGUGGAGGCUAGAGAGCUUGAUUGUGCUCUAAGUUGCUGCCAUGAGAUCUUUCGUAGGAAGUGCAGAGUACAGUGCUCAUUGCUGCAGGGAGUAGUGACUGCAUUGAUUGCUGCAUCAAGGAUGGAGGAAGCUAGGAGGAUCGUUCAACUUGGAAGGACUAGCUACUAUCCUCGAAAAGGCUUGAGGAUACCACACAAGGGUUUGAAGAUGCCACAACCUACUAGAGAAGACAAUGAUGUAGAAGCUGAAACUGAUUCAGAAGAUUCUGUAUCAUAUGAAGAUGGGUACGACGAAGAAGAAGAAGAGUCAAAAAAUGCUCAGUGAGGAUAUACCUUUGUAAUUUAAGCAUUGAUGUGUCAUGCGGUGAUGCCAACUGAAUUUGCUCUACUUCUUUGCUGGCCUGAUACUGCAGAAUUGCUUGUACAAUUGAAAUUCUCAAGCACUUUAGUAAGAUAAUAGUUUAUUUUGCUUCUCUA